CGGAGCUAGGAGACGCCGGUGGCGUUGCUAACUGUGGGGCAAUGGCGGAGAAGUUCGACCACCUGGAGGAACAUCUGGAGAAAUUCGUGGAGAACAUCCGGCAGCUCGGCAUCAUCGUCAGCGACUUCCAGCCCAGCAGCCAGGCCGGGCUCAACCAAAAACUGAAUUUUAUCGUGACUGGCUUACAGGAUAUUGACAAGUGCAGACAGCAACUUCAUGAUAUUACUGUACCUUUAGAAGUUUUUGAAUACAUAGAUCAAGGUCGAAACCCACAACUCUACACCAAAGAGUGCCUGGAAAGGGCUCUGGCGAAAAAUGAACAAGUUAAAGGGAAGAUUGACACAAUGAAGAAAUUUAAAAGCCUGUUGAUUCAAGAACUUUCUAAAGUAUUUCCAGAAGACAUGGCUAAAUACCGAAGCCUCCGAGGGGAGGACCACCCCCCGUCCUAACUUCACCUUCCCUCUGUCUGAGCAUCCUACUGGUCCUGUUGAAUCGCCAUGACCUUCAGGCAGCCUGUGGACUCAGUGGCCUCGGGGACAGCGGGGCCUAGAGGGCUUUGCAGAGCUGUACUGCUAGUGGUCUCCUGUUUUCAGAGGGCUGGUGAGCGCACAUCUUUGAGUGCGAUGCAUUUGAUCCUUUAUGGCAGAAUUGUCUUGGAAAUAUUAAAUAUGAUAGGUAAAGUAAAAGGUUUUAAAUAUUUUACCUAAUGCUUUUCUGUUUGUAUCCUUUUUGUUCCAUUUUAUUAUUGUGUCAAAGAAAACUAAAAAAAAGUUUAAUAUGAGAAGUAUUUGAAUUGGUUUUGUAUUUUAUAUUUUCAAGUAUAGUGCAUAAAGAAUGCAUUCAAUGUAACUGUUUCUGUGGAUUUCAAUUAGACAUAAGCAUAUAAUAAAGUCUUUAAGUACUUAUCUGA